AUGUCUGCAUGCAGAAAAAUCCGCCAAAUUGUACGGCUCCACCAAAUGUUACGGCGGUGGAGGAAGAAGGCUGCCGCCGCCACCUCCCGCUGUAUACCUUCUGACGUGCCGGCCGGGCACGUGGCAGUCACGGUCGGCACCAGUUGUAAAAGAUUUGUAGUCCGCGCAACGUACCUGAACCAUCCCCUUUUCAAGAAACUACUGGUCCGGGCCGAGGAAGAGUACGGGUUCACCAACACGGGACCUCUGGCUAUUCCUUGCGAUGAGUCACUGUUUGAAGAUGUUCUCCGUUACUUGGCCCGCACGGAGUCCGGCAAGAACGACUCGACACGAAUCGCCCGAUUUACGAGUUUGGAGGAUUUUCACAGAUACUGCCACGUAGAAAUGCGGAAUAAUAUCGAAUUUUGGGCUGAGUCACGGCCGCUUCUACAUGGAGUUUCUGACUGGUAA